AUGAUGGAUAUCAACAAUCAACUCUUUAAUCUUGGAAAUCAUUCAUCAUCAAUCGAUCAAUCAAUAUCAACUUCAACACAAUCAUGUUGUAAUGGGUUUACUACUAUGUCAAUUGAUAUUGAUGAUAUAUCGAAUGCUUCGCAGCUAGACAAAUUUCAGAAGACUAUUCUUGAAUUAUUAGAUUCAACAACUGAAGAAAAAUAUAUAGAACGUAAAUCAAUAAGUUGGAUUAUGCUCAGUGGAUCCAUAUGUUUAGAACCAGCAUUACUUAACAUAUUUCUUGAACUCACUAAUCAGAAUUCAUCAUUUCUAAGUUUCACAUUAACUGUACUUUGUUUUCUUGUCAACGAAAAACGACUUUUCGAAAAUUGGCUGUUUCAAAAUCUAUCUAUUCAAGACUAUCAAUCAAAUACUUUUCCUAAAUACCAGCGCCAGAUUGACAAUUUCUUCUCAUUAUUAAAUUCUUCAAAAUAUCUUCAAGAAAAUACAUUACUUAUUGAAGAACAAACCGUUUUAACUGAUAAUACACUUCAAACAUUGAUGGAAGGUCUUUUUCGUAAUGAAUCAUCGAAAUAUCGAGCAAAUAAUGACAAACUUCGUUGUGAUAUGUCAAAAUUACUCUCACCUAACCAACGAACAGUACGUAAUGUACGUAAUGUUCGAAUUAAAUUGCAUAGCCGUUAUCAUCGAGUCAUUGCGGAUCGACUAAAGCCACUGCUCAACGAUCUUCAACAAUCAUCUACAGCUGCUAAUGCUGCUCGUCAAAUUGUUCAUAUUGUUCUCGAUGAUUUUCAAUGUAUGAAUGAUGAAGAGUUGCGAGUCUAUAAAAGACAAUUAAUCCUUGGCUUUGAAACUCAUCAUGCAGAACAUGCAAAUACAAUUGCUGCUCAAUUAGUUCAUUAUGCUCUUCAGUUACUUAGAAAUAAUCAUGAUGAUAUAUCAACACCACUUAUCUAUGCAAUAAUUUCAGUAAUAUGUACGUUAGGUACCCAUUUUUAUUUUCGUCAUGAAUUAUUUAAUAACACGCCUGAAAUAUACACAUUGAGUUUGUUGCUUGUCAGUCAACGACAGUAUGCACUAACAUUAUCUGGCCUUCAACUUUGUAAAACUAUUCUAUAUGGUGAUCAAAACGAACAUAAAUAUGCAAUUGCUUAUUUAACUCAUGAUCCAUUAAGUGCACGCAAAAUUUUAGAUGCAAUCAAAUGGCUUCUAUCGCCUUAUCAAACACUGAAAAAGUUAUGGGAAGAAAAAGAAGAGACAGAAGAGUGUGAUAAUUCUGAGUGA